CGACGUCCCAAUAACAUCCUCUGUUGUUUACGUUUUCGGCGGACAGGCAACGCUUUGUUAAGGGAGAGGUGCUGCUUGGCGACGCUGGCGGUUUUGAUGACUUUAAAUCAGUAACUUAAAAAUAAAAAAGUGACAAUAUGGACGAGAGAGAUAAGACCAUACUCGCCAAGAACCAGGAGUACAUCGCAAAAACACUGGCAUCCUCAGGGAAGGCGCAAGAUGUUGUCUACGAACUCAGGGAAUGCCAAGUCCUGUCGGCAGAAAAUGCAGAUAUGUUAUUACACAUGGAGUCGACACAAACCAACAUGGUCAGGCACUUGGUUGUCCUCCUUGGAAAGGGACAAGAGAGGACACUGCAGGUUUUUUUAAAGGUGUUGAUGCAGUUCAACUUGCAUGAGAUGGUGAAGCAAAUAGAUAGAGAAUAUUACGAGCAGCAUGAAGGAAGCCUGAGGGGAAGCAGCGACGAGUUCGACAAGCUCCAGCGCCUCCCCCACACCCCCUCUGGUGGUGCAGAGGCCUUGCCCUUUCUCCGUCGUCCGCGGCCAAACCAGCCUCGCUCAAGACCCGGCUCCUAUGGCUACGAUAGCUGCGAGGAAAACAACAACCCCGAUGAACCUUUGAGAAUAGUAGUGGUCGAGAGUAAGGAAGUUGGGGGGUCCCAUCUCGACAAGGCGGAUUUGUACAAGAACUUGAGCAAACCACGUGGCUUGGUUUUCCUCGCAAAUUACAAGGACUUCCGGGAUGAGCAGCAUCCCUGCCGCAGAGGAUCAGAAAUUGAUGUGAAAAAUCUUUCGCUUCUCUUCACCCAGAUGGGAUACAAGAUACCAAAACAGCAUAUCAAUAUGACAAAAUACGAGACCAUCAAAGCUAUACGUGAAUUUAGGUCUAACGAAGAAUUAAAUGCAGUCGACUCUUGCAUCGUAAUCAUAAUGAGCCACGGCAGAGACGAGAAGUCCUUUUUCACUUCGGACAACCAAUUUUUAAGUGUUAAUGAAGUGGUGGAAAGAUUUAGUAACAAAGAGUGUCCGGCUCUGAAGGGAAAACCCAAGAUCUUUAUCUUCCAGUAUUGUAGGGGUGCAGCGCCGGAUGUAGGAGUAGCAGCAAGUCCACAGCUGGUGUCAAAUGUACGACGGCAAAACGUAGAAACAGACGCGGCAUUUGUUAGUGAAGCUAUUGUUGAAAAGGACGCGACCUACACUGAUAUGUAUAUUGCAUUUUCUACAGUUGAAGGGUUUGUGUCCUUCCGUCAUCCGGAGCGAGGGUCUUGGCUGAUGGAAGCAAUAUGUCAGGUCUUUAUGAAACAUGCACAUAAUCUGGAGUUGGAGUCUCUUAUGAAGAUGGUGUCAAGGCGAGUUCGUCAGAAUUAUUCAGAUGACGGGAGCAAGCAGGUGUGUGAAUUCGUCCAGAGAGCCUUCGAUCGACACUUCUACUUCAACCCGCAGCGACCAGAUAACUUAGGUGCAUUGUGCAUGCAGCCAUUGUCCGAUGUCCUCCAGGAGUCCAUGGGAAACACCCCAUUAAAGUUGUGUUCAACAGCCAUGAAGCCAACAGGUAUAUAUAGGGGUGGCACACCUGAACGAAUCUUCAUACACCCACACGAUCGCAACAGGACCAGGCACCGGAACUGGAGCGGUGCAAGCAAUAGCUCCGACAGGAGUCUUGACGAACUGGAACCCUGCCCGUUUAGCGCAGAGAGCAUGGCCAUGCAUCCAAGAGUCCGUCGGCUCAGCGGAAACAGGCGUAGCAGUUUGCCCCCUGAUCCUAGUGCCUAUAAUCAGCAUACCCAUUUUCUGUACAACGAACCCUUCAACCGUUCCUUCAGCGAACAGGUGCAGGGAUCGAGGGGGACGACACAUAAUGAUCAUUCAAAGAGAAUCUGA